AUGGCGCGAGAGGCCUCUGCGUCGCCGGCACUCGGCGCGCUGCUUCUGUCCGGAGGCUCCGUGGAGACUCUGCUUCGCCGAAAGAGUUUGGGCGGCGGCGUCCGACUCCCUUGUCCCCUCUGCAGCAGCGUUGCAUGCAGCAGUUGUGCAUGCGUGGCUCUGCCUCAGCCGUGUUCCUCUUCUCCGGCGGCUUCCGCGAGGCGCCCCAGUGCUUGCGGCGGCCACCAGGAGGAGUCUCCCGAGGCCGCGCUCCAGAGCUCGAAGGACCUCGCGGGAGGUCGAGAGCCCACAGACGACUUCUUCGAGGUCGACGACUUGGUUUCGGUUUUCGUGCGGAACGCCUCUUGGCGUCGCGUAGCAGUCCAGCUUCCCUCGGAGAUGCUGCGUGAGGCGCCCUGGCUCUCCAGUCGCCUACGCGGUGCAUGCAAAAGCGGCGCCUCUCUGAAGCCGCACAGCCUCGCCGAGCACCCAGACGCGGGAACCCACGAGGCCACACUGGCACCCGAAGCUGCGGAGACAGUUGGAGCCCCAGGGAGUGAGGCCCCCGGAGGCGCCAAGGGUAGGGCAGACGACCAGCUCCGCAAGCGGAUCAAAAUGGGCAUGCAUGCAGAUCCAGCGAAGCAGACACGAGAAACAGGAGACAAAGAAGUUGGUGGGGGGGACGGUCACGAGUUCGCGAAGGCUGCUGCCGUCGAGAACGUCGAGAUGACGCGGAACAUGUUGGCGUCUACCACGUUCUUUCUCCUCGGAGACACAGUCCACAGCAGCUGCUGUGCCGACCAAAUCGCUGCAUCCCACAUCGAACCUCACGCUUUGGUGCACUACGGCUACUCGUGCUUGAGUUGGCCAGUGACGGGUCCGGCGUACCCUCUUCUGUACCGGUACACAUCUCUUCCGUUGAACGUUUCUCACUUUUCAUGUUCGCUCUGUCGGCACCUGAAGGUGUACCGUGAGCAGCAGCUGGCAGCGUAUCGCGAGGCGUCACUGAGGCGGCCGGUGUCUCCGCAGAGUCGCCCUGGCCGGGGCGCGGACUCGAGCCCUGCGGGGAGAGGCCCUCUGUCGCUGGUCUCCUCGGGGGUCCUGGGGGACGGAUUGUCUCUUUCUGCAGCGCUUCAGUCCUGCGUGGCCCUGCGGGGGCGGCUCGCCCUGCAGCUGCCGCCCUCGACCUUCAGACUUGUCUCGACCUUGGGAAUGCUGUGCGAAACGCACUCAAGUCCGCUGGUCCUCGUCUACGACGUCCGGUACCAUUACGCGUUGCCCUGCAUGCUGCAGCACAUUGCUCCGCUCUUCCUCGCGCCCUCGCCUCCCUCCUCGAUCUCCACCACGCCUCCCCUCUCGUCGCCGGCUUCCGCGACCCCGCCGCUGCAUGCGCGCGGCGCGCACCAGUCGGUCGAGUCCUCGGAAGGCGGCGCCUGCUCGGGGGCCUCUUCGCCCAGCGUCGAGGCCGCCCACUCCUCCACGUCCCUCCAGGCGGCUGCGGACGCGCUCGCGGCGGCCGCGGCCUGGCGCGAAGACGCAAGUGUGAGAGGAGACAGAGGGAGGACGCGGGAUACUUCGCCGCAGCGAGGGGACUCCGAGUUCGGAGGGGACGCGUGUCUCCGAGUCGAGUGUGCCGGCUCGCGCAUGGCGGUUGUGGGGAACGCGGUGCGCGCGUCGGGAGUUCGAGAGGUGUCUCCUUCCAGAGACAACGCAGAGGGGAGACUCUUUGCGCCUCUCGCCUCUUCGGGGCCUGCGUGCGCGACGAUGCCUGGAGACUGGCAGCCGACCAGCCUCUGCGUGGCCCUCGCCCCCUCCGCGUGUCUCCCGUCCACCGGCUUCGACCUCCGCGCCCUGGAGCCCAGUGUGGCGCGCGCCACCGCGCCCGCGCCGAGGAACGAGGAAGAGGUCGAGUUGGAUCCCGCGGACCUCCAAAGGAGGCACUUUGCCUCGCUGGUCAUCUCGUUCGCGGCGGCAGAGUCGCAGGCCUCGUCGGGGGAGAGCCCGGAAGCCUCAGACAAAGCUUCUCUUUCUUCUUCGUCUUCUCCGCCACCCACAUGGUUCUUCUCGCUGCCUCUUUCAUGGACGCCGAGACUGGUGUUUCUGGGGCCUCAACUGCAGCCUGCUCAGCGCCUAGUGCAGCAGCAGGCGGGCGGCAAACGGAGCGAAGGAAUUUCUGUGAGGGCGAGUGGAGCGAGUCUGCGAAUUUCGCUCAGCGCCUACACAGCCGUCGCCGGUCGCUUCGUGUUUCAGGCGUUCUACCGAGCUUUCGACCGCGCCAUCGGCCUCGCGCCGGUGAUUCCGCUCUCCGCCUCGCUGCGCAUGCCGGUGGGCCUGAAGGCCCCAAGCCCCGCAGGUCCCGAGUUCGUGCCCAUCGAGGAGGCCCUCGGCUGCGGGUGGGGCGAGGCCGGGGUGGUGGGGCGCGAGCGCGGAGACAUCUGUCUCCUCUAUAUGGGGCCGACCGUCGACGCGUCGCCCUCGGAGGAGCAACCUGGCCAGACGGCCGGGGCGGUCCCGCGGUUCACGUACCAGUCCAACUCGCACCCUGAGGCGUAUGCGUUCGCGACGGCGUUCGCGACUUCUGGAAAGCCGGGAGAGGCUCGCGUCUUCGAAGGCAACGAAACACUCGCGGGCUGGCAGGCGUACAGGGAGCUUCGGGGAAAGCUCGCGCCGCCGCCGCUGCUGCACCGUCUCCUGCUGCGGUACGGCGGCGUGGACCGGGUGCAGGUUCUGAGCUACGACCCGACCUUCUUCACAGGACCUCCCAACCAAGAGCACCUGGUGCAGCAGUUCCAGAAGCUCCAGGUGUGUGAGCAGCAGCGAGACGAAGAAGAUGCAGAGCUCGCUCUGUCGCCCGACACCACUGCCGACGAGGCCGAGGACCUGCCCGAGGAAGGUUCGCGGAGGCGGUCCGUGUCGCGCAUGCAUCAAGGGAGCACUGUUAGGCGCGGCGGCUGUCCGUCGGCUGCGUCGCGGCAAGAAGAAGAGUUGACAGCUCUCGAAGGCGUCGGCGAGGACGAGAAGGAGUACUUCCGCGCGUCGCUGUGCAUCCUGGACGAAACAGACAGGGCCUCCACCGCUCUGCAGAAACAGUUCAGCCGUGUUACCCCACUAGCCGAGACGACCAGGUGCACGGCGCUCCUGCUCCUCGGGCCGCAGGUGUAUGGACAGCCGGGGGUUUUGGCGUACGUUCAGCGCCAGCUCCAGAAACGAAGCGAGGCCGAAGCGCGACACGUCGUCCGCAUCGCCAUGGGUGAGGUGACGCCCGCGAAGCUUCUGAACUUUGAGGAAGUCGACUCGGCUUGUCUCUUUGGCUGUCCAGAGCUGUGUCUCCGUGUCCAGCAGGAGCAGAAGGCCCGUGGCCUCUCACAGCUCCUCGUGCUCCCCAUCGAUGCCUUGGCUGCGACCGACGAGGCCUUCGAGUGGAAGCCGUCGCGCCAGCCCAUCGAAGCCGAUGAGCUCUGGCAGCAGAUCACUUCACAGCUGCGAUGUGGCGCCGUGGAGAUCGAGGCGCGGGCGGCGGUCGCUGCCGACGGAAAGCGAGAAGACGAUGCCGCUGGGGCCUCAGAAGAGCGGCAGGGCGCCGGGGACGCCCAUCCCGAGAAGGAUAAGGCUGCAGAGGAGAAGGCCGGAAACUGGAAAGUCGCCCUCCGGGGUGGCUCCGAUGUGCUCCAGUGCGUCCUGGGCCAAGACGUACUGAGCAAAACCGCGGAGAGACACUUCAAGGGAGUCAGCUUCGGAGAGCAAGGACACGAGGAAACAGGCGCACACCUGCCGCCGGCGUACCAGAUCCUCCAGGGCCUCUCGGGGGUCGCGAGUGAAUACGAGAAGGAGCGACACAUUGCCCACGACGACAGCGAAAAAACGUGCAAGUAA